CCGCCGUCGCCCUCGCCGUCCGUCCCAUACUGCCUGUCUGCAAACAACCAAUCCAAUAGCUGAUUUUUUUUAAGACUCACAAUGUCUGAAGAGAGCAUGAUGGACAACACUACGGAAUCAGCGUUUGAGCGGCCGUCAAACUCCACGGCUAUUUUAGCCAACACGUCCCUCUCUCCAUUUAUUGAUGAUGAAAUGCAGUACGUCCCUUACGAGCAACGCCCUGAGACCUACAUCGUGCCGGUAGUUUUUGCCAUAAUUUUCGUCGUCGGCGUUUUAGGCAACGGAUCCUUGAUCCUGAUUUUUGCCAGACAUCGCCGAAUGAGAAAUGUUCCCAAUACCUACAUCUUUUCACUGGCGCUGGGCGAUCUGAUCCUAAUCGUAAGCUGCGUUCCCUUCACGUCAACCCUCUACACUUUUGAAUCGUGGCCCUACGGUGCCUUCAUCUGCAAGCUAUCUGAAACAGUCAAAGAUCUGUCCGUCGGAGUCUCGGUUUUCACUCUAACGGCUUUGAGCGCUGAACGGUACUGCGCCAUCGUCAACCCCAUGCGAAGACACGCGGGUGGAAUCCUAGGCUCUAAAACUGUAACUCUCUGCACCGCUAUUGGCAUCUGGAUCGUUUCAUUGAUUUUUGCAGUUCCGUCCGCUGUCUUCUCUCGACUACGGGAACAUGUACUGCUGAACAACCAUAGCGUUAUCCUCUACUGUUACCCUCUGCCUGGAGACAUUGGAGACACUCCAGACAAAAUUGUAAUCGUCUUCAAAUUCCUCACCUAUUACGCCAUUCCCCUGUGCAUCAUUACCAUAUUCUACGUCCUCAUGGCCGUGCAUUUGGAGAAAAGUGCCAGGAACAUGCCAGGCGAGGCGGCUCACUCGACUCAGGUUCAGGCCAGGAAGAAGGUAGCUAAGAUGGUUCUGGCAUUUGUCGUCAUUUUUGUGAUUUGCUUCCUGCCAUAUCACGUUUUCAUGCUGUGGUUUCACUUGAACCCUGACUCAAUGAGCGAGUAUGACGAAUUUUGGAACACUUUGCGCAUCGUGGGCUUCUGCCUGAGCUUCCUGAACUCCUGCAUCAACCCAAUUGCUCUCUACUUUGUCAGCGGCACCUUCCGCAAGCACUUCAACCGUCACCUGUUUUGCUGCUGCUGCCCUGAUGAGAUUCCUGAACGCACUCGGCGCAACACCUUUGACAAGAGUCGUCGCAACGACGCCUCCUCGCACACCCUCGUCCACUUCCACAGCUCUGUCAAACGCCACCACGAGGUAACUGUGACAACGGCCUUCAGCCUAGACAAAACCUGAGGUCGCGACGGUGCUACCAGCUCGUGUUGCACCGUAGCCUGACGACAGGUAAAAUUUUCACCUGAGAGUGAAAGGCGAAUCGAGACGGUUUUUUAGAAAUGAAUAAACAUAUUUGAUUUUAAUUGUUUCAAUUAUUGAUAAUGUGGCAACAGGGUGUCGUUUGGCUCAAGGCAGAACUGACAGAAGGAAAAGUGUUGGAACUGCUCUACUACAAGUAAAGUGAAGUGAUCAGGGAAUCAGAUACACAGACGAAAUAGCCCUAAUAAAUUAUUUGGUCUUCUGUCUUACUCAAAUUCCUUUGUAAAACAAAAACCGAUCCAAACCCCUAACUGUUAGUACAGAAGAGAUAGAGAUUUGUUAAGGUUGUAAUUCCAAAUUUGAUCUUAUUGAUGUUAAACAAAAGACCUGUGGAAGAAUAAUGCUAUGAAACUUUUAAACGUUGGAAAAUCAGAAAAUUAGCGCGAUUUGUUCAAUGUUUGAUGUGAUAUACGUAAAAAUAAGAAGUAUAAGUUGCUAAAAAUAAAAUAGAAAUGAAAAGUACACUGGGAAAGCGUAAGAAUGGAACACUUGAAAGUUACUAAACUUCACAGUAUACUAUAUAUUUAUCCUGGAGAAACCUCACUUAUUAUUAAUUUGCUCAAGAAUCGUAUAUCUUAAUCGCCAUAGUGUAAAGAAGGAUAAAUGUAUAACUGUUGAAAAUUCAAAUAAAAUAUAUGGAAAGAAAUGUUAUUUUGUGUUAUGUAGAUGUUAAACGUUAUGCAAUGGAAAAUCUUUAUGAAAUAUCUAUAAUAUUAUAUGAGAUAUAAUGAAUGUAUAUAUAUAUGUUUGAUUUUUUGUUUUUGUAAAGUUUCUAAAUUUCCCAAAUUCAAGUAAAGCAAUUUAAUUCUGAAAAUACUUUUGGCCACGGAAUUUAAACUGAUUCAAACUAAAAUUCAGAUAUACCACAAAAUUGUAUAAUGUAAAUCAAUUCAUGUUAUUAUUAUUUUUUUUUUUAAGCACAAAAUUAUAUAAAUAUUUUUUAAUUUAUGAGUGUAAGUUGUCAAGAAAUGCACAAAAUGCAGCAUGCUCUACAUCGUCAAUUUAACUCAAAAAUUCUACGUUAUUUUGUUUGUGAUGUAAACUGCUGGAGUUAAAGGUAUAAUGCAGUUAAACUCGCCACUGUAAAGCAUAAAUACUACUCAAAAAUGUGCAUUUAUGCAAACUUGGUAAUUUCCUGAAUUUUACACAAUCUGUCAUUACAAAUAGUUGCAUGAUCAAAAUUUACUCCUGUGUAAGGAUUGACAUUGGAUUUUUUGUACUUUAAUUUCAAUAUAUAAUUAUUUUGAAUAUUAAAUUGCAUUACGUUGAAUAUUAUGUCAAUUGGUAGAAAUAAAGAAACCAGAAAUAAAUCAGGCUCACC